CGGAAGUACAACAAUUGCGAUUAAGACGGGAAACUGGACACUACAAUCAUCGUGAUGAAUCAAGGUGUCAGAGACAGAUAAGUUUCUCAAGAAAAAGUUAAUUAUGGAAACUUUUCACGUUUCAAUGGGUUUUAAAACGCCAUAAGAUGCGAAGAAGAAACUUACAGAUGGAUUGGUGACCUUUCAAACCGAAGUAUUUACUAAGUUUACCAUGUUUCGGUUGAAGAAAAAGGUGAGAGUUGUUCUUACAAUGCUGAGACGCGUCCGUUUCGUUAUUUUUAUCCAUCUCUCAUUAUAAGUUUAAUUUAGAUCACUAUUAGUCCAUCUAAUAUCUCUAAGAUCACUGUUUGCCUUUCGUUAUACCGAAGACUGAUAUUGCUCCUCAAAACAUGUCCUUGUCAUGCGUGGUCGAACAGAAAGAAAUAUGGUGCAUUUUUAUAAAUAUAGGUUGCUCUUUCUUGCCCAACUGAGCCCCUAAGAAGACAUGUUCAUGCACCUCACGCGCAAGUUUAUAACAUUUGACCUCCUCAGUUGAUAUUAAACGCGCAUAGGCCGAUGGAAGACGGACUAUGUUAUGUUGUGUUAAGUUUCAUUUGAAAUCGUGUUCACGCUGUUGUGAAAUCCUGUCAAAUCUGUGUUCGCUGCAGAACAGAAGGAUUUUAAUCCACACGUUGUUUGCGAGAACUGCAAUUCACUAGUCAUGAAUAAUACAGGAAUUUAAUUCUUAGCGAAUUAACAACUACAAAGAACAUUUUCACUUUCAUAAAUUGAGAAUUGAAUGUCCACAUUUCAUAGUUAAUUUUAAUGACUGUGUCAUCGACGUGAAAUCUGAAGUGAUUUUCGAACUUUAACCACGACACAACACGUUGUGGUUUGACAGAUCUUUUCCCGUCUGUCACAGGCAAAAAAUUAUUUUCCUGAGAGUCCCCUGAGACUCUGCUGAAUGUCUCCAUGUUUCUUACAUGCAUUGGUUGUGACAUUUCCAGUUUUCAGAGUGUUGACAUAACUUGACAUGUGGUCACCCAAAGGCAUGAACUGUGGGCAAAACUUUGGAAGCCAAAAGGAAACCUACAUGUAUAUAGACCUUGUUCUUGUGCAACUGUGUCUUCUUUGAACAAAUUGCUUGGCUGUGAAAACGCUAUGGGCUAAUUUCAAAUUUUGGACUAAAGACUCCUGAGAUACCAAACUAAAAAAAAGGACAUUAGGGAAUUCCAUUAUAUCCAACUGGUCCCCUGCAAUGGCUUCCAAUGUAACCCUUUUCACUUUAUUUUGAUAAUCAAACUUGACAGCAAGAUUGCAAAGCAACCAAUUAGAAUAUCAAAUAAUCUCCACCUAGUUUUGAUGAGAAACCCCUUGAGGAUUUAAAUUUUGAUCAAGGUUCAUUUGUGUAGUCAGAUUUGAUACCCAAUUAAUUUGCUCAAAGUAAAUCUUCCACUUUGACUUCUUGCACCUCAUUUAGUUUACGUCUAGAUCAAAAUGAAAUGAACUAAAUUCUGCUAAAUGGUGCAUUUCAUAACCUUGCUAUUAAUUUUUAUAUAGUUUAUAGUGGUCCUGUUCAAAUAAUGCAUUAACAAUUUUUUUUUGCAAAGUGAUGAUCUUGUCAUCAAAUGUCAGAGGUCUUCCCAAAAAGUUUGAAGAUCCUUAAAGAUCUUGGCAAGAAAAUUGAAGAUCUUGGAAAGAAAAUAAAAGACCCUUGGAGAUCUUGGCAAGAAAAUAAAAGAUCUUUGAAGAUCUUUACAAGAAAUAGAAAGAUCCUCGAAGAUUUUAAAAUAAAGUCAAAACAGCACAUCAUAUAGUACAGGAUUGGAAAGAAUUGAUCAAUUAGAUCACUCUUAACAGCCUGAAAAUCUGAAAAGUCUUGACAUAGAUCACCUAGAUAUCACACCAUUCUUACAAGCAAUAACAAUGAUUGAAGUGUGAUGGCUACAGUCACUGUGAUAACUCUCUGUCAUAAGAUCCUGUUAGAGACUUGAUCUCAAAAAAAGGAGGCAUAAUCCUCAUGUGCUUUUUAACAUACUGUGAGGGUCUCCCAGAAAAAGAAUUUAUCCAAGGAUCUGCUGGAUGACAGUUUGGUAAAUCUUCCACUAAAAAGUACAUUUGGUUAACUGAAAGGUUUGAGAUUUUCUUUGGUCAAUGGUGAAAAUGAAAGGUUUUUUGCAGAAACAACAAGAGAGUGCUUCCCUUAUUAGAAAAACUCACUUAUGAAAGAAAAAUUGGCAAUCAAGCGAUAUUGCCCCAUAAUAUUUUUGAGAACAAAAAACAAUAACAAAAGUCUUUACAAUUUAAUUUUGUAUCUAAUAUAAUUAUAUACUGGUAAGUGGCAAUUGUCCUUGCCUGAGGGUAGCCAGUGCUAGUCAAUGGUGAGGCAGUCUACCAAAAUCUAAUCAGUCAGUUAUGAAUACAUGCUGGGAUAACUUGUUUAUUUGUUAUGCCUAUUUUCCUGGCUGGGGAUCUGCAGAAUGAAGUAUCCAGAUGUGUUAGUACAUAGAAAAUGCAAGUGAGACCAGGAGAAGAAAAAUUCAGUGGCCUAUAACUUGACCCACAAAUAUUCCUUUUGUCCCACCAAACAAACUCUACAAGUAUUAUGUAAGGUCUAGUGAAACUGAUGCUGUUGUUUGACAAAUGUUAACAGGACAAGAAGGGUGACUCAAACCCACCUGUCAGCCCUGGCCACCACAUUAUUCCACCAGAAGACCUAAAUGCUUUGAGAAAACUUGGCGAAGGGCAGUAUGGUGUUGUGGAACUGGGAGAGUGGAAACCACCAAAUGCAAAAGAUAAGGUACAGUUGUAACUAUACUAUUGAAAAAACAGGGGUUGUGUAGCAUCUCAGUUCUUUCAAAAACAAGUAUGGAAAUUUGCAAACUAAUAUCAAGAGCUCCUAAAAGUAUUUGUAGUAAAGUGUUGGCUCUGGCUAAGAGAGUUAGAUCUAGCACACUAAGCAAAGGCUUACUGAUGAUAAGAUGCAAAAAGACAAAUCUUUUUUAUUAUUAUUAUUUAUUAUUAUCAUUAUUAUUCCUUUUUUUCGCUUUUAAGAACUCCUCUAGGAGUGAACAGAUCCAGGAUUUUUCUUAGGAGGGGGUGCAUUUCUUUGGCAUGACGUAAUUGAUUGUGGACAUAAACAAAUCUUAAAAGGGAGCAAGUAUGAAGCAAACAGCUUACGACUAGGCAAUAACAUGAUAAGAACUGCUGAGAAUACAUACAAUAGCUAACAAUGUAGCAGAUUUUUUAUGACCUUGAGCUUACAUUAGAAAGCAGCCAGUCAUCUUAGGGGCAGGGAGGAUGUGCACCUCCUGCACCCCUCCCCGAGAUCCACUGCGAUCUGCAACCCAACAUGUGACAAGAAUCUAGUAAAAUUCAGCACUCAUUUCAAGUAGCUCGUAUCACUGGUCAGCCAGAAGCCCUUUGAGGGUCAAGCUCUCUCCCUGGGUGGAGAUGGGCAACAUGAGAGUGAAGUAUCAAAAUACACAAUAUUACUCAAUAUCAGCCAGGUCUUAAACCCUUGCUUCUCAACUUAGCAUUUGGCAUGCUAAUCAGUUGGUUACUGAACUUUAUACAGAAUUUAGGAACUCUUUCAAAGGAGGAAAGCCAAAACAAGAAAUCAGAAAAGUGAUAAAACUAGAAAUCAUGGUUUAGUACAAUCAAUUUGUUUUGUAGGUGCAUGUAUAGGAGAACUACCUGAGUGUCAAGCUUUAACUCUAUUUACAUGACUUGCCUUUCCUGUUUCACAUAUUAAUUCAUGUAUAUCAGAUGCAGACAAGUCUAUCUUAUCAUUUGAAUAAGGGGGGUAAGUUUCUAAUGAAACUGUGGUGCUGUGUUGGUGGGAGAGUAUAACAGGGUAAUUUAUAGUGUUGCAUUAUCAACUGAGUUUGCUUGAUAACAUAAAUUGGCUACUGCAAAGAGUUAAAAGCUGACGUUUCAAGUGGUGGCCCUUUGCUAGAGUGUGGCAGUCAAUUGCUCUGACAAAGCACUACACUUGAAACAUCAGCUUUUAACCUUUUACUGUAAUUUCCGGCCAUUUAUCCACAGGUAAUCUGUUGAUUUUGCAUUAACAUGUGCCACUGUGGGUAAUAGGGAGGUGUAGGUUAUGUGAGAAUUUUAAAAUCUACUGGUAGUUGAAUUGAAAAACAAUUCUCACCCGUAUGCACCUCACCUCUCAAAUGAAUUUUAUUGCAUUAAGAGUGCCACAAAGUGGCACAAAAACAUGAUGCUGACACUAGUUUAUUUCACGCAUAAUUAGUUGCGUGACAAACAAAUUGUUAUUAGCACAUGUGUAAACAAGACCUUGAUGGUGAUAAAAAUAAUCCAAAGAUAUCCAGUGCAUCAGUAACAAAUUUCCAUUUAACACUAGCUUAAGCUAAAGAGAAUUUUCCAGUUUUAAGAGACUUGUUAGGCCAAUAGAACCAGAGAUAUCUAUUUUUUUUCAGAAAUUGCCAACAGUUCUUUACAAUUCAAGUUUUAACACUCACUUAGCUUUCUUUCAACAAAUCAACAUGGCGCUGAAUAAUCGCUCACACAAAAUGUGGCCACAAAUUCACAUUCUGUCAAGUAUGAAAUGUUGAGAUUUGGGCAUGGGCCGCUAGUGUUUUUACUGUUUAAUUUUAUCAAUAAAGUACAUGCUAAUAUUGACACCGAAUUGUGCAUGCAUCUGAAUUUCUUUGCCCUUUAAACUUGACAAAGAAGCUUUCAAGUUUUCAAAAGUUAGAUCAGACAACUUUAAAAAGACUGAAAUGAUCACCUUAAUGUCACGUUUUCACCACCAAAAAGUUGAAUAACAUAACAUGUGGGUUAUCCACCAGUGCAGGUAAUCUGUUGACUCUUUUUUUUGCCAAAUGCAAUAAUCUGCCGGUGUGGGUAAUCAGCCAUGCAUGGAAAUUAUGGUAACUCCUGUGAGUGACCAAGACAGAAUUUCUCCUCACAAUAUCAAUACAAUAUCAAGUAGACAAGUGGCAAGAAUAAAGAAAAAGAUCAAUUAGGGGAUUAUUUGUCGAUUGAAUACCAUAUUCUCCAAACUAACAUUACAAAGAACUGUAUGGCAGACAGUGAGGAGAAUUGCUAACAAGUUUGUGGGGUUAAAGGGUUAACUCUUUAUAGUGGCCAAUUUACAUUAACUUAGUUGAUAAUACUAAAUUAUCUUGUCACAUGACCUAGUAUGGUAUUAUAAAAGACUAUAUAAAGAAUCCUUGUACGCAGCCAUACAUGAUGGUGCUUGCAGGGUCCAAAAAAAAAACUGUCUGGCCCUGUGACAUGCAAGUUGGAAGAAGAGAGGGGGAAGAGAAAGAGUGGUCAUGUGAUAUAAUGUCUGUUGAAUGAGUUAGGUUGGUUACAUGACAAAACAGGGUAAUUUAGUAUUACCAACUGAGUUGAUUGUAAACUGGUUAUUGUUAAGAGUUUAAAAGCUGACAUUUCACACAUUAGCCCUUUGUCAGAGCAAUUGGAGGAAUAGUAGGUUCUUUGUAGAUUUAUAUGCAGAGUUUAGCUCUGCCCAGGUUAGGUCUGGCUAGUCAUUAAGUAUGAACCUCACUGUGCUUAUACCUAAACUCACUCGACCUUGAGCCCAACAAUUUCCUAUCCGGCCAUCUCACUCAGUCAAUUACAUGGAGUUCAUGAUAAUCAUGAUUACUAUUUGGAAUUUUUUUACCAGAUACUUGUGGCAAUCAAAUCCAUCAAGGAUACUGGUGAAGAGCAGCUGAGAGAGGUUCUAAUGGAAGUAAAUACCAUGCAACGACUCUCUCAUGAUAACAUUGUUAAAUUGUUUGGUGUUACUCUUCCCACAAGAGAUUCGGAUCAACUAAAGCUGGUAAUAUUCUGUUUUCACUUAGUCAUUUCUCUUGUGCCAGUUGGUGUUAUCAAGUUGAAUAUCAUCAACUUCUGUCUUAUGGUAAUCAAAGCCAUUGCAAAAUUUUGAAUUUAAUUGGUUAAUAACAAGUUUCAUUUCAAAUUUUUCUUCCUCCAGACCGAGUGCCAUUACUGAAAUUAGAUGAACCAUCAGAGUUAAACUGUUGGUAUAUUAAGCACUAUGCCCCCCUCCCCCUCCUCCUCCUCCUCCCCCCCCCAAAAAAAAAAGAAGAAAAAAAAAGGUUUCCCAUAUUUGAGAUUAAUCUAUAAAAAAUUAUUUAUUUAAUGCACAAAAUACAUACAACUCUAUCUAAAACAAGCUCAGAAAUACAAUUCCUCAACAAAAAGUUGGAUAAACAAUACUUUUUUUCCUUCUUUUUAAUAAAACUUAGACUUGAAUCUGAAACAGAACAAUUAAGUUCUGGGAUUGAAAGCAAGCUGCACACUUUCCCACCAGAAUUAGACAGUGAAUGACAAUUUUUGCUAGUUUCUGUUCUAUUGUGAGCAAUUCCUUGUUAUGAUUUCUUUUUGAAAUAUGAUUUAAGGAUAACUCCCACUCCCAAGUUAGAGGCUGAACUAUGACCAACGAAAAAAAAAAAAAUAUAUAUAUAUAUAAUUAUAUCUGCCAAAGUGCUCCAUCAAGUAAUUAUGGUUAUGUUUUUGUACAGAUAACAGAAUUUGCUGCUUAUGGUUCUCUGGAAGAAAACCUCAAGAAGAACGAAAUAGAGAUAUGCCAGGUGUCCUCAUUUUGUAAAUUUGCCAUGCAAGUAGCAAACGGAAUGAGCUACCUGGCCAACCAGAAUUUAGUCCACCGUGAUUUGUCUGCAAGAAAUAUUCUUGUUUUUGAACCAGCUUUGGUAAGUACAGUUUUUUUAUGGGAACAUAUUUCCACAUGUCUGGGAAGGUAUUAGAAAGAGCCAACAUCAGAGACAUAAUUUGGUCCAAAAAAGAUACACUUUGAUACAUAUGUUUGUUGUGCUUAAUUAUGCUUUCAGAGUUUGUGUAGAUUUAAUGGGAAACUUAAGCUAUUAGGAUAACUUGUUAAUGCGUUACGCCUAGUUUUCUGGCUGGGGACCUGCAGUCAAUGAAGUAUCCAGAUGUGAUAGUAAAUAGGAAAUGCACAGUGAGGCCAGACCAUGAUUUUUGGACCCAAGAAAAAUUUUAAUGGACUAUAACUUUACUUAAGAAACUUCCUUUCUUCCCACAAAACAAAAGUCUCCAAGUAGUAUGUAUUAGGUCUUGUGAAGUUGAUGUUGUUGUCUAAAGUGAAAUUGAUAACCCUAGAUCAUGCUUUUGGUCAACUCCUCCGAAAAUUGGUCACCAAAGUUGUGUAACUGGGGCAAAAAGACAAAGGUGGUCAAAGAAAUAGGAUCAAGUGUCUUUAUUUUUUCUUAUAAGACGAGAGAUCUCAAGCAUUCUUUAAACUCACACUGGCUAUCUAGUGUGGGUUCCUAGUGAUAGUGACCCCCUUUGAAGUCCACCCAGACAAAGUUUGUUUCCUCUUGUAAAGAAGUUGUUAAAUUAGCAUGUUAUUUGUCACACUAUUUUUCUUUCAUAAUACAUAAUCUGAAUUGGGAAAAUUUCUCUUUUUUUUUUUUUUUUUUUUUUUCAUAGCACAACCUAUCAGAAUGCCUGAUAUGUACUGUUACCUUUACAUGUACAUGUAGACAUAUACCCAUCCUGGCAUUUUCUGUCAGGUUCCCAAGUAAUUUAUUGUUUCUUUUAAAUGUAGUCAGGUGUGGAAUAACAUUGUGAAUAAUGAGGCCUCACAAAUUUUGUUUUACAGGUGAAGAUAAGUGACUUUGGAUUAGCUCGCUCACUAGAAGGAGGAGCUUCUGCACAGAUCACAGUUGACAGAAAAAUGGCAGUUGCUUGGUAAGAAGAUUUCUGUUCUUUGGCUGAAAUUGUUCAAAAAGUAUCUUGUUAUUUAUGUUAAAAUUGUCCACAACCUUUAGGCUCUUUUUUUCUGUUUGUUCAAGAAGGAAGACAGCUUAUUCUUGGAAGUAGAAAGGGUAAAAGAUCACCUAACAGCAAGCAGCUACGGCUGCUGCGGCUUGUAGUCAAAAUUGCUUCCAUGAGGCAGAUAAUGGGCUAAUUUAGUCAAAGCUCAUAUUUUUUUUAAAUAUUACUUAAUUUGUUGAUUUAAUUUCAGAUAAUUUUUAGAUAGGAUUAUUGGAGAUGACGGGUGGGUGGGGGCUUAUUUUUAAGCUGUUGUCAAUGACCAUCUAGUCAGUUCAAAACAUGAAAUUAUUCCCUCAGUGUGUGUUUGGUACAAACUGAUAGCAGGCCUUUCCCUUUCCUUUUAUCCACGUGGGAGAAACUUUAGCAUUCAGCUGAGUGAAAGCAAGAUUGUGAGAUUUUGAUGCCAUAACUAGCAAAAGAAAGGGACGAGCCAGAGGAGAGGAGCAGGCCCCUCACCACCCCUCCCCUCCCCUCGUCCUAUGCCUUUCACCCUUCUUCUGCUCAAAAAGGAAAAGGACUCUAACACAGACUAUGAUCAUAAUUUUGAUGGAUCUUGCGAUAUUGUUGAUUAUUUUUUUACCUUGGUAAGUUUCUAAACUGGAAUAUGUCAGUGUUGAAUAUUGACACUGAAUAUUGACGUUUUAUUUUCCUUUAUAUUUUUUAAUUUUUUUUUUUUUCAGGUUACCACCAGAGUCCAUAAAGGAGAAUCAGUUUAUACUUCCAAGUGAUGUGUGGAGUUAUGGGAUCACUCUGUGGGAAAUGUUUUCCUUUGGUCAAACCCCUUGGGCUGAAAUGUCCCUUCUACAGGUAUGACCAAGACUUAAAGCAAGAUGUUACUUUACAGUGUGUCUGUAUUAAACAAAGUGUUAGCAAAUGACUGCAGGUUUACUCUUUAUCUAAAACCUGAGAAAGUUUCCACUGCUGAAAUUUUUUCUUUCUUUUUUUUUUCUUUCCACACAAAUAUACUCUCCAAAUUUUGUAUAAGAAAAACAACCAAAUUGACUAUUUUACACUCUUACCUAAUAGAAGUAGUAGUUGUUGUUGUUGUUUAAAAUGACUUUUUAGUUUAUCCCUAACACCUCAAUAUUGUUAUGUAUAUAUCCUCCAUUAAUUGUUCUUUAUACAGUUCUUGUGGCACUGACAAGGAAAAUUAUUUUUUGUUGAAACUCAAGAGCUUUUCAAAUCUGUGACCCUAAUGUUUAGUUCAUCAGUGAUACCUUAGUGAGAAAUUAGAUGCUAGUCACCCUCACGGGUAAAGAUGAAUUCUUGCAUCGUUUGUGUUUUCGCUGUGUUCAAGGUUUAUUAUAGUGAUGGUGGAAUACAGGAAAUACGACAAAAUUUCGAUUUAUUUUGACCCAAGGUUCAAUAAAAAGGAAUAUAGGAAAUACGACAAAGUUUCGAUUUAUUUUGACCCAAGGUUCAAUAAAAAGGAAUAUAGGAAAUACGACAAAGUUUCGAUUUAUUUUGACUCGAGGUUCAAUAAAAAGGAAUAUAGGAAUACGACAAAGUUUCGAUUUAUUUUGACCCGAGGUUCAAUAAAAAAGAAGAUAGGAAAUACGACAAAGUUUCGAUUUAUUUUGACCCGAGGUUCAAUAAAAAGGAAUAUAGGAAAUACGACAAAGUUUCGAUUUAUUUUGACCCGAGGUCCAAUGAAACAUAAAUUUUGUGAUUGUCAUCUCUUACAUGUUUUAAUGUACGUGCAAGCCAUUUUGUGUUAUGAACUUAUCCCUAAAAGAGCUAAAUAAAAUGGUCAUGAAAAAGGUCUAUUAACCAUUGAAUGCUCUUGUUCGUGUUGGAUUUCUCUAAGAUCAAGAUGAUGCUUGUAAAUGAGCCAGACAAACAACUUCUAAAACCCGAUGCAUGUCCAGAUGGUUUUUAUGACGUCAUGUUAAGCUGUUGGAAGCGUGAUGCUGAAGAAAGACCGAGUUUUGAAGAAAUUUACAACAUCAUAUCGAAAGUGAGCUGAUUAUUUUUACCCACUUAAAAAGAUCAGCCUUGCAGACUUGAAGUGAAAGUAGACCCAUGUUAAUCGUAUACCUUGUAUUUAGCGGGCAGAACUUAAGUCUAAUCUCCUUUGCAGCUGCUCUACGGGCUGUCACGCAACCCUUUAAGGUUCUACGUGAUAUCCCAAAGAAGUUUUGUUAUCUUGGUGAAAGGACACAGUUAUUUCGCCUGUAGACUAUGUUAUAAUACAUACUUAUUAAGGGUUAUCGACAACGGCUUAGAGAAAAUCGAGUUCCACCUUUCCGUUUUGGCAAGAAACUCUGAUAUUUUCUUUUCUUAGAGCAUAUAGCAAGACAAAAGUAUGAGCAACAACUUUCGGAAUGCUGCCAUUUCUUUUCAAACUCAACUCUUUCUCCCAAAAUCUUAGUUCCAGCCUAAGGAGGCAAUAACAAAAACCUCGCACCACACCAAGGAGGAGGGCCAUCUCAGUUACAAGAAUAAAGUGAAAGUGACUAUCAUCAGAAGGUAAAAAAGGAAAAAGAUUUGAGAUAAUUUUUUUGAGUACUGGCAGGUGACACAUGUGAAGAAACAAACAUUCGAUCCAACACUAACGGUCACCUCCCCACAAGGGAAGGCCCCUGACUUGUGUGUAGUCUUCUCUCUGAUUUUGACAGUGAAAGCGCGCGAGAGGUGCGGGCUGGGAAGAUGGGAAGGGAGGAAAGUAGUACUAGUCUUUCUCGACCCCGCAGCGGCGUAUUUAAGUAAGAAAUGACUAGGGACGAGUCAGAGACACCUACCACCCCCGUUAGGCUUUAUUGAAAACCUAUAAAAAUGAAUGAAGCCUAUGUUUUAGAGAUCAGUGAAAAGGGUUUCAUAUCCAGAGAUCUUAAAAAUGCACCUAUCUUACCCAGCAAAACCCAUGAAUGUACCUCCCAGUGGCUCUCACUCUAUUUCAAUUGAUUGGUCAUGCAUCAGAAUAUCAUAAACAGACGCAAAAGUUAGAACCCGCAGCGCACGGCCACCGUGUAGAGCCCAAUUGCGUGUGUACUUUUUAAACUGGGAUUGGUUUUUUUAAGUUGCAGACUCUUUUUAUUGUACUCUCUGAUUGUAUUUACAGAGGAAGGGGAGGUAUGUGUUAUGUUCAAAGUGAAUGCGGUAAAACAGGGCUGGUGCAUGAGAAGAACUUGGACUUCACCAAAAAAGCCCUGCAAAAACAUGCAAGGUAUGGUAGUGCCUAUGGUUGGCUUUUAUUAACCCUUUGACCCCAUAGAUUGACUAAUAUCUAAUUUCUCCUUACAUUAUCACUCGUAAAUCACACAUUUAGGUCACAAGAAUAAAGGAUAUGAUCAGCAACUAAAGAAGCUCUUGAUUAAAACGCAAAUUCUUCUUGUCAGCAUGUUGGGAAAUCUAUAGAGAACAGUAUGGAGAAUAUGCUUACUGAUUUUAGUGUGUAAAGAGCUAAAAAGUCUUGAAUAGACGAUUUUAUUCAGUAGUGAAACCAGAUUAGUGAUCAGACUGAACUGACUCAAAGUAGUGUACUGAAUCACCGGUUAUCUGUUCGAGAGAUGCUUUUCCAUUCGCGGAUUAACCAGUGUCGUUGAAAAUAUAUACAUAUAGCCUUCUUGAGUAGCUCACUUAAGCUAGUGUUCGGAAGAAACUACGGUAGGAAACAUAUCAACAAUCACAAAAAAAAAAGUACAAACUGAACCAAGCGGAGACUUGAUCUUGUGCACGUUGCGGGUUAAUGUGCAUUCGUGUCAAUUAGGAGAAAAACGUGGAUUAAACUUCAGGUGCGACUGCUCUCAACACGGGAAAAUGAAGUACUGUUUCAAAACCGAGUGCGAGGGUUUCAUUAGGGUUUCCAAACACGAGAAAACUGAUAGAGCACGAGGCUGCAAGCCGAGUGUUUUUACUGUUUUCGAGUGUUUGGAAACCCUGACGAAACCACAUGCACGUGACGAAAUUGGCGUGUCUUGGUUGGAUGAUCACCUUACGAAUAAUUAAUGAGUUUGAGGAAAAGCAAUCAAAUGUUGAGUCUUUUUUGUCUGUUCAUUUUUAAAAGGUUUGCCAAGGCAAACCUACUAGUUCUGUCAGUGACUAGUCAAAGAGUUUUCCAUGCUAACAAGUCAAGUCUUAUUUUUUCCCAAACAGUAACAAUCCAACGAGUAACAUCGGGCGACCAUUUAACAUUUCAAGAAAAAGCUCCCAAAAGGGGUUGAGCCAGUUGCAAAAGUAAGUUCAAACGUUGAUUCUUUUUUGUUAUUAAACUAACUUAGCUCGAUUAUCACGGACAUUCGUAUGUGCUAAGAGAACAAUUCAAACAUGACUCUAGACUUUUGGGCACUCUGAGAGAAGCCACGUGAUCUCUGCGAUGUAUCCCUAUAAAACUCCUUCCCCGAGGCGUGGUUUGAGUUCGAGUUACUAAAUUCACUAGCAACGAAAGGUAGAUCAGGGUAGAUAAGGUAUCAUAGAUAAUGUAGAAUAGCUGACUUCGAGCGUAAGUCCUUUUUCGGAGUAAGUUCUACUUUUCCCACCAAACAACCACAAGAAUUUCUUCAGGAACUAACAACUGUGCUAAAUACCUAUUACUAACACAUGAACACAGUUCCACCCCCUCUUGCGCCAAUUUUCUUUCGGCGAUCGCACCAGAAAUUACCCAUUUUAAAGAUACAUUUUUUGUUUACUUUUUUCUUUUUUGUUGUUUUUGUUUUUGUUUUUUUUUUUUGCUACAGAGGUGCCGACGCCACUCCUGGGAAAACGAUCGUUGAGGUUGUAGAGGACAAAGGCGUUAAAAAUUUGAUGGGUAAGUCUAAAAAUUGUGCACAGUAGGUCACAAAUUGAGUCAAUGCACUUCCUUUAGAAUUUGUAGAGUUAAGGAAAAACUAACGUUUCAAUCAAUUUUUUUUUGUAAUCUAUUGUGCGUUUUGACCUUUAGUGACCUGCGGCUACAGAAGGUUUAUUCAUACUGAGGUCAAUCAACUUACUUUUCACCAUUUUCUCGUUUCUUAUCAAAUCCACAUCUUACUAGUACGAUUGUCGAUAGAGUGUUAUAUGAGAGGAUAGCCAAGGGGUGUCUUUAUCCGUUUCGCGUACGAAUUUUAGUUAAAAAACAGUGGUCACGAAGUUAAAAGGGAAAACGUAAAAUCUCUCCUUUUGUGUAUAAUACUCCAGGGAAAUCUCGAGGUUUCCACGAAGUGAAAGAGAAAAAUCACGAGUCCCGUAUAUUUCAAAAGGCAAAUCACACCUGAGACUGGUUCAAUUCACGAAUCACGUUCGCCUUUCUGUAAAAUUAACACGUCACAUGUUAAUUUUGGCCUUAAUCGCACGUCACCUGUGAAUCCUUGCGAGCCAUAUAAAACUAGAACCAAAGUAAUCACAACGGCCAAUCACAAUAAAGUUACACAUCAGAAGGAACCAAUGAGAAUUCGGUGUAAACAGAACGCUGAAAUCGCGGGAAAAGUGCGCAUGACCAACUCACCUGGUUUUAAUUUUGCACCUGAUUGGUUGAGAGUGUGACCCCAUGUCCUCUCUAUCAACUUCACAGCACAGAAAAUAUAACCAAUGCCAUCCCAGUCUUAUUUUUAACUGACAAUUGAAAAUGGCUUUUGAGUACUGUCCUUGAUGGCUCGUGUUCACAUCUUCCGUUAGUGAACCAAUGAGCGGUCAGGGUUUGAUUAGUCUGCCUUUAGGACCAAAACAUCAGGAAAGCACUGUUUGCCUUAUGCCUUUCUUUUCAUCGUUUUUUUCGUUUUCCUAUGUUUAUUCUUUAGAGGGAGGAAAGGCGGAAAUCGCACCACCAAACUCUCUUCUUGUUAUGGUUAAUUAAAAUUGAAGAUACUAGAGUCAAAAUUAUUUUUUGUUGUUUUCUUCAAAGGGUUCCUCUAGAUGUGUGUCCCAACGUUUGUUAGAAAGGCAAUUUCGAGGAUUUCGUUGUGACGCCUCAUUUUCAUCUUUGUUUUUUUUCCCUAGACUUUGGAGAUGAUACAGCACACGACCCCACAAAUCCGCUUAGUCCAGAUCGUUACACAGGUCACCCAGGCAUAGACCACGGGAAUAUACCACAGGCUACUCCUGCUGCGCAACACCCUGUGUACAUUCCCAUGGUUGACAGGAAGUGUGCCCCAGAAUUUGUUCCUGAGGAUAGAUAUUCAGAGGAAAGCGUUUUGAGUUUGGAGGAAGACUACAUGAGUAUGGACCAUCAGAAUCGUGUUCCUCGAGGCAGUGAUGCCGGUGACUAUGCCGCGCUAAAGGAGGACGCUGUUCCAUGUACAACAUAUAAGGACAGAAGUGGUUCGACAGACGAACCCUCACUCGAGCAUUCAUCAAGUUCGAGUCAAAAUACUGGUACACACACGCUCCAAAUUCCUCUUCGUCUAAACCUUCAGACAAUUAAUUCCUUGGGAACCGGUAGAAGCUGCCCACCUGAAGGAAUAUUAUCCUCGAGCCCUUUUGGAACAUCACCGAGAAGGAGACCUGUCCCAACCCCGAGAACAAAGAAACCUCGACCAGCUUCCGAUGGUGAUGAAAAUUUCUUAGAUAUUAAAGACAAUUUGCCCAGAAUUUCGAAUUCAGAGAGUAUUUCUACCUCAGCCAGACCGAAUGGGACCCAGAAGUCCGUUUAUAAAAAAGUACCUCCGCCAAUGCCUAUUCCAUAUCAUUGCGCAAAACGCGCGCCAAAAACGACUGAAGAUCGUAGCAAUGAAGUGGGUCUCGACGAAAUUGCUGAGCUGAGCCUGGAAGGAAGGCCAGAUGAGAGAGAUGAUGACGAGAACGAGUUCCAGUUAGAAAUGCAAGACCAGCCGUCGGAAGCAGACUUUAAGUCUGAGCAACCAGUGAAGAACAAACACUACAUCAUAGUCAAAACUCCUGUUCCCAUUGGGGAUUCUUUAACAUUACCAAAUUCACACGGUCAAGAAUUGUCGAGCAGGUCCCAAGCUGCUCUUGGUGCAGCCCAUAAUGGCUAUCCAAUACAAGACCGCGUCUAUGAGAACGCCAAAACGUUAAAUCCAUCACCAGGUAGCCAGAGAGAUCUUUCACCCAAUGGAGAGGAUGAGUUUGAAGAUACUCAACCAAUUUACGACAUACCACUCAAUUUACCAAUGCCACCAGAAAUUCCUCCGGAAGUCUUAAACCAGCCCCCACCCUCCCGCGACAACCUCUUUGGUGGAUCCUUGAGUAACCAACUUUCCGUCCUAGCUAGCUGGGAGAAUGCGUCGGGUAUGAAUGAUUGGCCCCUCGGCGUUGAACACGUGAAUGCAGUGAACCAACUUCCAAAUUCGGCCGCCCAAUUUGUUGAACCACACGAACCAUUCAAUCCUGUUGGACCUGCCAACCCAAAUGAACUUGUUGAUCCGUUUACCCAACCUGAUGAUCAAGUUCAAACUUCCGAGGAAGGGACAUACGGAGAGGAGAUAGAUGGAGGGAUCCGCGAGAUUCGCCGAAUCUGUGGGGAAGAGUUGGCUCGAGACUGGUGCUAUGCAGCUCUGUUACAGUAUCAAGGUGAUGUGGAACAGGUUGUUCGAAUUGUCAAAAUACAAAAACUGUCAAAAAUCACCGGCAAAUCUGAGGUGUUUUGUGAAAGAACUUUGACACACUGUUCUUGGGAUUUAAAUCGAGCAGCUGAAUACAUUUUUCAAAAUUUUGAGGACGAAGAAGUAUAAACCCUCUACUCAAUUUUUGCCACCUGAGCUUAGUCGGUUGUCGCCGUUGAUAUUCAAAUCAAAUGUAUACCUGUUAACUCUUUAGCUCCCACAAGCGAUUAAGGUGUAAUUUGUUCUUUCGAUUCUACAGCAGUUUUCAAAUGACUGUUCAAAAACCAAAACCAAAGAUACCACAACACCCAUUAAUAGCAAAGGUUUGCGUCAUCAUUGGCCACUGAGGACCCAAACUAAAAACAGGCAAACUACCAAAAGCGCGGGAAAACGCGGACGACCAAGUCACGAUUUGUUUUCGUUCGGCUUGUGAUUGGUUCAGAGCAUGGUACGAGUUUUAUUGAUCAAUCACAGUCCGAAUUAAAGCGAAACCAAAGCAAUCCCGGAUUACUUUCGACACUCAACGGAAAAUUAUGAUAAGAUGUUGUCUUAACAACAGAUUAUGAGAACAGAUAAGCUUACCAGCUGGGGGUGUUAUCUUGUUCCAAAACCAAAUUUGUUAGUAUUAUUUACCAUGAAAUGUGUUGCAGUUAGUGGGGAGAAUUAUUUAUUACAUCUUGGGAGUAAAUGGGUAAAAACGUUUAUUUUGACUUUCCGCGCUUUGAAUCAGUAUUGGGCAACAUUCAAUCUUAGAAUAGAAUUACUGGGAUCUAAACCUGAAUCGAGUUGGAUUUCUAGAUAUUUUCUCAGAAAAAUGAAACGUAAUUAUAUCAAGAGUAAGAGUCACCACCACGACUGAAAUGCUGGUUGAAAUCUUUGAAACUUUUUAAGCAAAAAUUCUUAGAAGGGCGAGACUUCCUGAGAUACUUGCGCGAGUGCAAAAAAGCCUUGUGUUUUACAAGAGUAAAGUGUAUACAAAACCAUUGAGGACAAAGGAAAUUACCUCGGGUCCAGGCUAUUGAGAGUCUAACUAAAGUGGAUUCAACUUUACUUGAUUCAACAGCGUGCGAGUGAUUCAGAUCGUCACGCGGGAGCGAGAAGUCCCGCUUGUCUACUUUCUCGCGUGCGAGUGUCUUGCUUUCGUACAAAAUAUUUUAAUUGUGAAGGUUAUCAUUCUCACAUGAAAUUUGUUGCAAAAGAAACGAAUUAUUCCAACCUGUUUUUAAUGGCAUUAAAUUGGAGAACUCUUUGAGAUGCCUUUUUUUAAAAGUUUUUUUUUUUUGUUCGUAAUCCCCAAGAGCUCUCGACCUCGUCCUUUCUUAAUCCUUUACACCCUAACAUCAAUAUGUAUAUUCUCCAUAGUGUUCUCUAUACAUUUCCCAGGUGCGGACAAGGAGAAUUUGAGAGCUUCUCUUGUUGGUAAUCAUUUCAUUUAUACCCGUGACUUCAAUGUGUUAUUCAGAAGUGAUAUUUUAAGGAAAGAGGGUUAAUAAAAUAAAACUUGAUUUGUGAAAUGUUAUAGCAAGAAAUAUAGACAUUGAAAUCAAAUGUUAUAACGAGAAAUACAGAAAUACAAGCCUUGAAAUGAUUACGAUUAUACAUAGGAUAGUUUAUUUGUGUUUUGAAGCUAUAGAUUAUCAAUUUUUACCUCAAAUUAAGUGGCUUAUUUAGUUCUAUAUUUUAUUUAUGGGCUGUCGAGUCACAGUAAAAAUAAUUUUCAGCUGAUCACGUUAUAUAUACCAAAUGUAGUUAUUAAAUGUUGUGCAAAUAAUUCUCCUCCUGUUACCUUCCAGCGCAC